UCGCCGAUCGCAGGUUUGACAACCGGUCAGGAAUUUUCCUUAUAAACUAUCUUAAGGCUAAUAAACAGUUAUUUUAUGUUUAGUGAACAUUUAUUUGUUUUUUGUGCGUGUAUGUGAAGUUAUAUAUAUGGAAUGUUCCAGCAACUUAUAGUGUUAAUAUUAAGGUGUGAGGACGAGUAGACUCCGGCGAGAAGACGCAGCUGUGAGGAGGUUUAAAAGUACCACAUGAGUUAAAAAUGGACAAAAUUAAUUUCACCGUUAACGGUGAACGUUAUUCUCUAACGGGCUCCGAAGUGUCACCGUCUACGACCCUCAAUGACUUUUUAAGGAACACAAUUGGUCUGGUGGGCACGAAGGCGAUGUGCCAUGAGGGUGGCUGCGGAGUCUGUGUUGUGUCUGUCGCCAAGGCACAUCCGGGCACUAAUGAGAAGCACGUACUCGCUGUAAAUUCCUGCUUGGUCCACAUAUUAUCAUGCCACGAGUGGGAUAUCACCACUAUAGAGGGUGUGGGGAACCGCAAGGAUGGUUACAACGAGUUGCAGAUAAGAUUAGCGACCUUCAACGGCACCCAGUGUGGAUACUGCACUCCCGGUUGGAUCAUGAACAUGUAUAGUUUGUACCAGAAUUCUGAAAAGAGCCUGUCAAUGCAUCAGAUAGAGAGGUCGUUCGCCGGGAAUAUCUGCAGGUGUACCGGGUACAGACCCAUUUUGGACGCCUUCAAAAGCUUCGCCACCGAUGUUGAUCAGGACACUAUAAAAAUUAAGGAUUUAGAAGACCUUCACGAAAUGCAGUGUGCGAAUAAAUGUACAAAAAAGUGUACCAAGGAAGAAAAUGAUUGGUGUAUCAUCUAUAACAACAGUAAAAACAAAUUGUUGGAUAUGCAAAUGGGCCCGAACCGAUGGUACAAGGCGUUCUCUUUAGAAGACGUUUUUAAGGUCCUUAGUAAAGAAGGGACAGAUAGUUACAGACUCGUUGCAGGAAACACUGGAAAGGGUGUAUUUCCAAUAACAAGUGAACCUCGUGUAUUCAUCGACAUAACCUCAAUUAGCACCUUAAAAGACAGCUUACUGGAUGAGAACUUGGUGCUCGGAGCUGGUCUCUCCAUCCAUGAAGUGAUGGCGAUAUUCCAGAGGGAGAUGAAAAAUGAUAAUUUCCGCUAUUUGGAGCAUUUUUAUCGUCAUCUGGAGUUGGUAGCGCACGUACCGGUCAAGAAUAUCGGCACCAUUGGGGGUAAUCUGGCUAUGAAGAACGCUAAUCACGACUUCCCAUCCGAUGUCUUCCUUUUAUUCGAAACAGUUAAUGCGAUUGUCACAAUAGUCGACAGAAACCUCAAGCAGAGUGAAUUAAAUUUACAGAAGUUUUUAACUACUGCGCUGAAAGAUAAACUUAUUUUGAAUGUGAAGAUACCACCUAUAUCUACUAACUUCUUGCUCAGAACAUACAAGAUAAUGCCACGCGCCCAAAACGCUCACGCCAUCGUCAACGCAGGUUUCUAUUUCACCUUGGAUGCUGAUGAAAAAGUCACCUCCUCCACCAUAGUGUAUGGAUCCAUCUCCCCCAACUACACUCACGCAAGGACCGCUGAAAAUUUCCUCAAAGGACACCAUCUUUUCAAUGAGCAAACUUUGCAAAAGGCACUAGAGCUGCUGAAUGAGGACAUUAAGCCCAAAGAGUUUUCUCCGGAACCAGCUCCAACAUGUAGGAAAGCGAUCGCUUUGGGACUAUUCUAUAAGGCGAUUUUGUCCCUACAUCCGUCAGCCAACACUCGGUACAAAUCAGGCGGCGCCGAGUUGGCCAGACCAGUGUCACACGGCACCCAAACUUACGAUACCGACAAGAGCUUGUGGCCGCUGAACCAGCCCGUACCAAAAAUGGAAGCUUUAACUCAGUGUUCUGGCGAGGCUUUGUACGUUGGUGAUACUAUAUCCACACCCCGUGACGUGCACGUUGCUUUUGUCCUUUCAUCAAUCUGCUUGGGAGAGAUUGUUGAAAUUGAUCCCAGUGAAGCUUUGAAAACCCUCGGUGUUGUUGGUUUUUUCUCAGCAAAAGAUAUUCCGGGUUAUAAUACUUUCACGCCAAAAGAUGUACCCUUCAUGGACUGCGAAGAGGAGAUCUUAGCAAGCAAAAGAAUCUCUUUUUAUGGCCAUCCUAUUGGCGUAGUCGCAGCUGUGACUAGAAAUUUAGCAUUGAAAGCUGCUAAAUUAGUAAAAAUAUCGUACAAGAAAGAUUCCGCGAAACCAGUUCUAUCUAUUAAAGAUGCUUUGGCAGCUCCUGACAAGGAUAAGCGAAUCCGCGAAGACGUCACAAUAAAAGCGACAGAUAGGGGUACGGAUACAACCCAUGUAAUCAAAGGGAAUUACUACGUACCAGAUCAAUAUCACUUCACCAUGGAGACUCAGAGUUGUACAACGUCGCCCACUCGUCGAGGAGUGUGCGUUAGAUCAGCAAACCAAUGGAUGGACUUAAUUCAGGUUGCUGUGUCGAAGUCCUUGAAUUUACCGUUGAAUAGUGUGGAUGUAGAGGUGCCUCGGCUAGGAGGUGGUUAUGGUGGCAAGGCAUCUAGAGCUUCGCUGAUCGCGUGCGCAUGCGCUCUUGUGACCUUCAAACUCAACCGUAAAGCAUCUCUGGUGAUGCCCCUUACUGAUAAUAUGGAGGCUAUCGGGAAACGGCAGGCUGCUUAUUUCGAAUAUGAGAUGGGUAUAAACAACGAUGGACUAGUCCAAUACGCAGAUAUAGUUUACUACUCGGAUAGCGGUUGUUCAGUUAAUGAUAAUCUAGGAAGCUACAUAGCAGACGCCUUAUCGAGACUGUACAAUAAAAAGAGAUGGAACAUUAAGGGCUAUAGCGUACACACUGACAAACCCAGCAAUACGUGGUGCAGAGCUCCUGCCACUUGUGAAGGAAUAGCACUGGCCGAGCAUCUAAUGGAAAGGAUAGCAAAUGCAACUAAAAAAGACCCUAUCGACGUUCGGAUCCUCAAUAUCGCUGCAGAAAAUUCUCCCAUUUUAGAAAUGAUUGACACUUUCAAAAUAGAUUCAAAAUACGAAGUCCGUAGAAAGGAUAUUGAGAAGUUUAACAGUGAGAACGCUUGGAAGAAGAAAGGUUUACAAGUUUCUAUGAUGUCGUUUCCAAUAGAGUAUGCCGGAAAUUUUCCUGUGACAAUAUCAGUUUACCACGCUGAUGGGACAAUUUUAAUAUCCCACGGUGGAAUAGAGAUGGGACAAGGUAUCAAUACAAAAGUGGCACAAGUUUGCGCAUACACAUUAAAAGUACCUUUGAGUAUUGUGACUGUCAAGGGAUCGGAUACUUUCACUUCUCCAAACAGUAUGGCUACCAAUGGAAGUAUUACUAGCGAAUCUGUAGCGUUUGCGACUAUUAAGGCUUGUACGGAGCUAUUAGCGAGACUGGAGCCGGUGAAGGUGGAUCUGAAGAAUCCCACUUGGCAGGAAAUUGUGAAAGCAGCGUAUAAUAAAGGUAUAAAUCUCCAAAUAAGCGCAACGACUUCAGAACAAGACAAGCUGACUGCCUAUUCAAUUUACGGUGUAUGUAUCGCUGAAGUUGAAUUAGAUGUACUGACUGGUAACCAUCUCCUGACCCGAGUUGACCUGGUGGAAGAUACGGGACGCAGCAUCAGCCCAGAGAUUGAUGUUGGACAGAUUGAAGGCGCCUUCGUUAUGGGCUUAGGUCUGUGGACUUCCGAGAGACUAAUAUACGACAGUUCAGGGCGUCUACUCACAAACAGAACUUGGACUUACAAACCACCUGGCGCUUGCGAUAUCCCAGUGGACUUCAGGGUCUCGUUCAAGAGGAACUCGCUGAAUAAUAACGGUGUUUUAAGAUCUAAAGCAACCGGUGAACCAGCGUUGGUUCUGGCGGUAGUCGUCACUCACGCUCUGCACGAAGCCAUUGCCGAAGCCCGCAAAGAGUACGGCCACAACGACACGGAAUGGGUCCACGUUGAUACCCCAUACUGCAUGGAAAACAUCAUAAAAGCUAUAUCACCGAAUAUUGGAAGUUACCACCUCAAAUAAAAGAUUAACCUAUGGAUUUUAGAACGCAUACAUUGGCUGACCACAAAAAUAUCCCCCAUUGAAUAGAGAAUAAUAUUAUAUAAUAUAAAAAAUAACAUAGUCUUAUCUUAUUUAAAAAUUCUCAUUAAAAUUAGCCUGAAUAAGGCACUAUAAAAUAAAAUGAAUAUAGACGUAGCUUAAAAUAAUAUUUCAGAGC